CCGGAGCCGCAAAUCUCACCGCGCGCGAGCUGAGAGUAGCACGUGAAGUUUCCGUGCACGGUCACCGGGAAUAUUUCUGUCGUUUUGAAAGGGAAUACGAUAUCUGGUCGCUGCAGAUACUGUUCUGCCGAGGUAUAGUGAGAGAGGAGACACUAAACUAUAGUGAGAAGAGGGGAAACAGCACCUGGAAAGCCAUACUCAAACUCGCCAUCACAUCACGCAACAUGUUGGAGCACGUACAUGACCCGCCAGCCCACAUCUCCAACAAUUGAGUUUUAAAUUAAUGAGCCAAGUUGCUACAAACCAUUAAAACACAGUAAACGGCCACAGAAAUGGCAGGCUGGUUAUCGGUGGUCCUACUGGUGCUACACGUGACCUUCACUUUCUCCGAGGAGCACAUACUAGAGUUUUCCACAGAUACACCCAUCAAUAACGUGGUGCAGGACCCUUACACGGGUCGUGUUUACCUGGGUGCGGUCAAUGCUAUUUAUCAGUUGGACUCUUCACUAAACCUGGAGGCCAGGGCUGAAACGGGGCCAAAGAGGGAUGCUAAGGGUUGUACACCACCCGUGUCUACUUGUCAGGACCUUAAAGACACUAAUAACACCAAUAAACUCUUGCUGGUUCAUUCGGCUAAUGGAUCAUUGAUAGUUUGUGGGAGUUUAUACCGAGGAAUCUGCUCUCUGCUAAACCUCACCAACGUCAAAGAACAGAUAUACUACAGCGACAGUAAAGGCGAGCGGACCUACGCCGCUAGCAUCGAGGAACACGUUUCAGUGGUUGGUGUCAUGGCCACGCUUGAAAUCGAUGAUAAACCAUUCAGCGUCUUUUUGGUCGGGAAGGGCUAUGGAAGCAUGGACAGCUCAAAACUCAUCAGCACCAGAAUCGUGCAGAAUUAUCGCGAAUGGGUUGUGUUCGAAAGCAUAAUUGAGGCGUCAACUGUCCAAGCCGUCCCGUUUCUACCCAAGUACCUUCACGAUUUCCGUUUCGCGUUCAAAAACGACGAGUACAUUUACUUUGUCUUUUCGCGCACUCUUGGCGGAACGGACAAUAAAAACUUUACUUUCGUUUCUCGUCUCUGUGAGAACGACAAUCACUAUUAUUCGUACACGGAACUUCAGCUCAACUGUGGCCUGAAAAAUCGUUACCAUAAAGUCCAGGCCGCUUACCUCAACGAGCCCGGGAAAGAGCUGGCCCACGCCAUGUCCAACUCAGGAGAGUACGGAAAUGUUCUGGCCUGGGAUAAAGUCUUGUUUUUGGUCGCUAGCUCAGAGGAAGGGGGUACAGAUUCGGCUCUUUGUAUGUACCCCCUUAAAAACAUCAACCAGAAACUAUUGGCCAUCGUUACCGCUUGUUACACGAACAACGGCAAGAUUGACGGCAAAUUAGUUGUGGACAGUCCUUACACGUCCAACACCAACGAUCCAUGUGUUAAACAUGGCAAAGACAUUGUGUACCAAUAUAAGUGUGGAGCCGAUUUUCUCCCGUCUCCAUUGGCCAGCCGGCAGGAGUUUGCCUUGAGGGCCAGUCCUGUCUUCAUCAGGCAGAACCUGUUGACCGCAGUGGCUGUAGCUGUGGAGAAUGACCACACCAUUGCGUUUCUGGGACACAACGCAGGAGAGGUGAUCAAGGUGCAUUUGUCAAGUCAGCCGGAGGCGUACAACCCCGGACCCGGCUACAAAACCAGCGGCUAUGUAAACAAGAACCUUUUCUUUGACAAAACCCAGGCGCAAUUGUACAUCACCACUGAGAAAAAGAUCACUAAGGUGCCCGUUCAGGCCUGUCAUCUGAAGAUAGACUGCCAGUCGUGUGUGGCACAGAGAGAUCCAUAUUGUGGCUGGUGUGUCCUGGAGGGAAGAUGUACUAGGAGAUCGGAGUGCAGCCGCGCGGAGGAAAAGAACGGUUGGCUGUGGAGUCCAAACCAACAGUGUGUGAAAAUCGUAUCUUUCCACCCGCCGAAUCUCAGCUGCUUGAAGUCCCAGCAGGUCGACAUAUACGUCCGAGGUCUGCCGAUCCUCAGAGAUUCCGACCGUAUCAACUGCGUCUUCGGCUCUUAUCACAGUAACGCCAGGAUGGUGGAUGGACAAGUCAGUUGCCGCUUACCUGAGCAGCAUCUCAUACCGCCCACACCUGAGCAACAAGAUUCCGUGGCCGUCCCGGUCAAGAUCUUCGUGAACGGCAGCGUGGAGGUCGCGUCCAGUGAAUACAAGUUCUACAACUGCGCAGCUGCGGUCCGCAAAGCAGAAAAUACGCCUUGCACUUCCUGUGUAAGCAGCACUUGGGGAUGCCAGUGGAACAUUGCGGCCCACACCUGCACAGAUUUAAACGAUGCAGAAACUGGGGCCAAUAUAAUCAAACACAGACAGGUCAAGAGCUGCCCACGGUUCGAGAAUCCAGAUCCAGUCCUGAUUCCGGUCGGAUACAAAACACGAAUCAAUUUCGAGGGCAUUAAUUUGGACCCAUACAAGGGCCGCGAUUUCACCAUCGGAACCGAGCUGACGAAGUUUGAGGAAGAUGUGAAGACAGAACCGGGGCCCUUCUACUCUUUUAGUGGAUAUGAGUUUUCCUUUGAUAAAGCUCACGAGACCAGCGUUCUGUUCCAUGUACGGGAUAAAUAUACCGGAAAGAAGAUAGACAGCAGUCUUAAUGUCACCCUUUAUGACUGCUCUCUGGGACGUGAAGACUGCAGCCUGUGUAAAAACGCUGACCUCAAAUACCAGUGUGUUUGGUGCAAACAGACCAGCUCCUGUGUGUAUGACCAGCUCUGUGCUUCUAAAGAGCCAGUGGAGUGUCCCGACCCUCAGAUCACUGACAUCACGCCGAGAUACGGGCCGCUGAAAGGGGGAAUUGCUGUCACUAUUAAGGGCUCGAACCUGGGAAUUCAGAGAGGGGACAUUAGAAACAUCACGGUAGCCGGUGUGCCGUGCAGACACCUGGGGGAACGGUACUCCGUCUCAACCAGUGUGGUGUGCGAAAUUGGUCCGGCGAAUCUUUACAAAUCUGGUGAAGUGGAGAUAGAGGUGGGCAAUGGAAAAAAAGGGGUGUCCGGAAAACAUGUCCAGUUCACCUACAGGGACCCUAUAGCAAAGACCGUGUCCCCUAAUCGGGGUCCUAAAGUGGGUGGAACAGUCCUCACCAUCACAGGGAUGGGUCUGAACACAGCUUCUAAAGAUGAUCUUCACAUCACUGUGGGCGACGUGGCCUGCAGAGUCGAGACGUUUGGAGUUCAGAUCACCUGUAAAUUGGAGGGGUAUCUGGGCGAUACGGUUCCCUCAGCUCGCCUCACCGUUAGGGUUAAUUACGGCAGAUACACCUCGACUGAUGUCCAUACGGCCUUUCAGUUCUCCAACAACCCAUCUGUGUCCGACCAUCAGCCCAGGAACAGCUUCAUCUGUGGUGGCAGAAAAAUCAUGGUGGUCGGUUCUGGAUUUGACCUGGUCCAAAAGGCUACUAUCAGGAUUGUGGCGUCUGCAGGAGAAUGGUCCGGACAGACCGCCCCAGUUGAGUAUGUGGAGAGUUCGACAUCUAAAAACGACACCGUGAUCAUGUUCGUGUCACCUGCAGUCAACCAGACGUACGAGUCUCAGUUCUUCAGGACAUAUGUCAGGCUUGAUAACCUCCAAACCGAGCUGACUCCGUUUGAGUAUCACCCUGACCCUGUGUUCGAUCCGCUCAGCAAAACCGUUAUUACUGAGAACAGUAUGAUUAUCGUCACAGGUCGUGGUUUUUCUAAGGCGAUGACGGAGAAGGAGGCACAGGCGUUUGUGGGUGACGUUCAGUGUAAUGUGAACACACUGCAGGAUGAUAAAUUAUUCCUGGACCCGCCCUUCACCGUACCAAGAGCUCGAUCUAAGAGACAAAGACGAGACACCAGCUCCGAAUCUCUGGACCUUCUGAUAAAGUUUGGGAAUGGCGAGUGGGUGGUGGGUUCCGUUCAGUAUGAGAGGAAGUACAAUCUUCCAUUGCCCAUCAUCAUCCCAGCGGUGGUGGUUCCCAUGCUGCUGAUUAUCGUCAUCUCUGUCGUCUGCUACAGGAGGAAGAGCCAGCAGGCCGAGAGAGAGUACGAGAAAGUCAAACAUCAGCUGGAGAAUUUGGAGGAGAGUGUUCGGGACCGCUGCAAAAAAGAGUUCACAGAUCUGAUGAUUGAAAUGGAGGACCAUACAAAUGAUCUGAGCGAAGGCAGAAUCCCAUUCCUCGACUACAAAACCUACACGGACCGGGUCUUCUUCCUACCCUCUAAAGACGGAGCCAACGAUGUCAUGAUCACCGGCAAACUGGAUAUCCCAGAAUCCCGCAGGGCUACAGUCACACAAGCGCUAAACCAGUUCUCCAAUCUGCUCAACAGCAAAACCUUCCUCAUCAAUUUCAUCAGAACGCUUGAGGGACGUCCGGAUUUUAAUGCCAGAGCCAAAGUGUAUUUUGCGUCUCUGCUUACCAUAGCGCUUCACGGUAAACUGGAGUAUUACACAGACAUCAUGAGGACGCUUCUGCUGGGUCUCAUGGAGGAAUACGUUCACAGCAAGAACCCUAAACUAUUACUACGCAGAUCUGAAACAGUGGUGGAGAGAAUGCUGAGUAACUGGAUGUCUAUCUGUCUCUAUCAGUAUCUAAAGGACACUGCUGGAGAGCCGCUGUACAAACUCUUCAGGGCCAUUAAACACCAGAUUGAAAAAGGGCCAGUGGACGCUCAGGUCAAGAAAGCGAAAUACACACUGAACGACACGGGCCUGCUCGGAGACGAUGUGGAGUACAGCAUACUGACGCUGCAGGUGCUUGUGCAGGGGGAGGGGCCUGACAUCACACCAGUAAAGGUGCUGGACUGUGACACCAUCUCUCAGGUGAAAGAGAAAAUCCUCGAACAGGUGUACAAAAACCUGCCAUACUCUCAGAGACCUAAAGUAGAUCAUGUUGCACUCGAGUGGCGUCCCGGCUCAACGGGGCAGAUUCUGUCUGAUCUGGAUGUGACAUCACAGAAAGAGGGCAAAUGGAGACACAUCAACACACUGGCGCAUUAUAAUGUACAAGAUAAUGCAACACUGGUCCUCUCCAGAGUUCAACACACGCAGCAGUCGUAUGACCAAAAUCAUGAAAACCAUGAAGAGAGAAAUGCCCUGUUGGAGGAUGAUAAAGUUUUUCACCUGGUUCGACCGACGGACGAGCUGGAUGAGAUUAAAUCUAAGAGAGGAAGUAUGAAGGACAAAUCGAUGACUAAAGCCAUCACAGAGAUCUAUCUCACCAGACUGCUCUCCGUCAAGGGUACGCUCCAGCAAUUCGUUGACGAUUUCUUUCGUAGUGUCCUCUGUUGGGGCGCCGUGGUCCCACCGGCUGUUAAAUACUUUUUCGACUUCCUGGAUGAGCAAGCGCUGAGACAUGAGAAUGUAGAUGAAGAAACCAUACACAUCUGGAAGACCAACAGUUUACCACUGCGUUUCUGGGUGAACAUACUAAAGAAUCCUCACUUUAUUUUCGACGUGCAUGUGAGCGAGGUUGUGGAUGCCUCUCUGUCCGUCAUUGCUCAGACCUUCAUGGACGCUUGUACGAAAACAGAGCACAAACUCAGUAGGGACUCUCCCAGCAACAAAUUACUCUAUGCAAAGGAGAUCUCUACCUACAAAAGGAUGGUAGACGAGUACUAUAAAGGAGUCCGGCAGAUAGUGUCCGUCAGUGACCAGGAGAUGAACACACAUCUGGCUGAAGUGUCACGGGCACAUACAGAUAAACUGAACACACAGGUGGCACUUCACCAGCUCUACCGGUACGCCAGUAAAUACUAUGAUGAGAUCAUAAUUUCUUUGGAUGAGGACCCUGCUGGUCAGAAUAAACAGUUAACUCUGAGACUGCAACAGAUCGCUGCCGCACUCGAGAACAAAGUCACUGACCUUUAACCCUGCCAGUGGGGAGAGAGAGAGAGAGAGAGAGAGAGAGUGUAUGAACAGUCUGUGUGUGUGUAUUUACUGUAUAACUAUAAUCAGAUGUUCAAUUUCUUCCUGUGUAGAGAAAAAAAUGUUUUAAGAAUUGUAUUAUAUAUUUUUUUGAAUGUGCAGUCUUUAUGCAGAAAGCUUUAUAAGAGGAACAUUUUUAAAUAGAUAAAGACUGCCGUGUCAAUUGUUUUUUAAGCUUCUGUGAAAGAGUGUGUGUGUCUCUGUAACAGGUGGCCUAUAUUUUCAACAAAAGGGAUCAGCCCUGUGAAAUUGGUAUGAUCCUUCGGCAUACUGUAUGUAUGCAGGGGGUGUGCCUAUAGUGAGGUCAUAUCGUCCAACCAAAACAACUGAAAGUGACAUCAGAACAGUUCUUAUUUUAAAUAGAUAGUAGUAUACUGCACAGAAUUCAGUAUGAUAGUAUCCCAUUCCGAAUAUUCCCAAUAAGACAAACAAAUAUGUUCUAUUUCAUAACAUUCUAUUUCAAUUCAGCUUCAUGGAUCAACAACCAAACCCACAAAUAUUAAACGCGGGCAAUAACAAAUACAAAUUGUCGACACAUUUUUCAUUUUUACGCAUGAUGGUUGUUAUUUCAGAACGUUUGGUUUAAUUGUGAAAGGUUUGAUACUGACUGAAUUUAUUUGUGCGGGUACGACAUAAAUUGUUGAUAUACUGAAGAGAUUUAGUUGUGUCGUAAACGUUUUUUAAGACCAAAGGAUACUUCGGUUUUCCGUGUGCCGCUACAUCUCGCACAAAGUGCAUGUGAUGCAAAUUUCGUCAUCAGCACAGGACCAAAUUAGAUCAACUAAAAGACCCACAGAUAAUCGACGCAGGCAAUAACAAACAAAAAUAGUUGUCACAAGGCAUUUCAUUUUUACGUAUGAUGAGUUGUUAUUUCAGAACGGUUCGAUACUGACUGAAAUCAUUACAUAGGUCACAAAUUAUAUUAGAAAGCCAAAAUAUACUUCGGUUUUCCGUGUGCCGUUACAUCUCCCACACAGCGCGCAAUGCAAAUUUCGUUAUUUUUUUCCCCGCUAGUUUUUCUAGACAGGUGGACAGUUCGCAACUUUGUGCGUCAUCUCCACAUGCAGUUGUAGUGCACGUGUGUCUGUCUCAUCGGGAUGGCCUCGCGGUCAAAAGAGAAUACUUUAAAAAGCAAGCGCACUCAACUAUGCGCGUCACGUAACGGCACGCGGAAAAUGUAAGUAUACCCUACACUUGUACGUGGUCGAAGACUUCAUAACAUUGUAUUUCAAUUUAGCUACAUAGACCAACUAGCAGACACAUUGAUAAUAAACGCAGACAACAAUGAACGAACGAAUAAAAAAAUAACAAAUAUUAUAUGCCGUUUUUAUUUUUACGUACGAUCGUGCAUGUGAAAAGUCUUUAUUUCCAGAGUUUUGUUAUUUCAGAAAUGUGUUUUAAUUGUGAGGUUCGAUACUGAAUGGAGUUAUUCCCAACGAGUCCGACACAAAUGAUUGAUGUGCUGAACACAUAAAUAAAUGUGUUUCAAGUCCAACGUACAUUUUUUCAGCAGCUCACUGUCAAAAGUGUACACUUUGAAAUGCAAGAGCACUCAACCACGUGCGAAACGAAGUACACUCUAGCCUUUAGAGGCAAUUCUCCAAGAGAUGUCAAUUGUCAAAAGAAAUGGCUGAAAAUGUUUCAUUUGACACUUUCUGGCUUCAAAUCUUGACGUUAUUCUUUCAUUUGAAGGGUUUCAAUGUGUUAUCUGGAAUGUUAAUGGCUCGAUUUUGGCAGGAAGGAUAAUGACACACUAAUUAGUUUAUUUAGCACUUAACAAGAUGGUAUUGUCGAAUUGAGCCAAAAUUCUGCUCUGAGAGACCAAACCUAUUCAAAGCAGUCAUAUUUUCAUUCACAUGAUUUCUGUAACAUUUACACGACCAGGUAAAAGUUUUUGAACAGUAUUGGAGUUUCAAUGUAGGCUGGCAUUUCCAUUUCACUCACUAUCUGGCCCAAAUCAUUAAAGUUCAUACGUAGGCAAAAUUAUAUUGGUCUACAAAUCAGAUUUCAAGCAUUUAAGCUUAAGCCUUUUGAUGAAAAAGGGUUUUAAAUCAUGAGAAACAAAUUCAGUCAAGUGUGUCUAAAAUUCUAUGAUCGAUCGAGCGUCGUUUAAACACAUUUUCUGUGUCCCUCUGAGCUGUUUUUUGUUCUAGAUCAGGGAAUUUCAUGGUCUUACUGAUUUGAGAGCAUUUCUUGUUGUUUUUGUAAUGUUAAAUAUCAGGAAUAAGGUUAGAGGGACUUGAUUUCACAAGUGUCGAUUUCUGUCAACGCUCUUGUUUUGAUUGACAGCACGGCUUUAUGGUAACAGAUGGCUCGCAACGUCGGAUGUUGGGAUUUCUUCUCUUUGAACGCAGCUAGGGUGCGUUUGAGAGUUGGGCCGUGCUGCUUGGUGUGAAGCACCUUGGCACGACCCUCUCUCUUCCCCUCCGCUUUAAUAAAAUCUGCGGGAGCUUCAUUUGAUCGUAAUUGCAUGCGUGUUGCUGAAUCCUGCUUUCCAAUGUACUCGUUUCUCAUUCUAUUUUAAAUUUUAAAGGGGUCGUUCACCUCAAAAAAUGAAAAUUCUCUCAUUAUAUACUUUUUGUGUGAAACAAGUAUGCUGUUAUGGCUCUUGCCAUACUAAAAAUAACAGUGCACAGUUUUGAAACUAAAUGAGGAUGAGUAAAUAAUGAGAGCAUUUUCAUUUUUUUUUGGGUGAACUACUCUUUUUAAAGCACAAGCAAAGAUGCAAGUCUCCGUAGUUCAGUGUAGAACGCUUCUUUAAGCCUUUCUGUAGCCAAAACGUGCCUUAAAGUGUUGAAAUGCUAUUGGUACAGUGGUAUUGAAGAUGCCGAUUUGGGAUUCAGGGGGUGGGGGGUAGUCGUUGGGCGUAUAGAGGUCAGAGGUCGUGGCGUAUGUGAAGUGUGGUGUUAACAGUAAGUACAGUAUUCAGAGAUGUGCUGUAGCCAGAAUAUGCCAAUAUAAUUGAACAUGCUGUAAGUAUAGAGCAAAAGCGCGUUUUUAAUAAAGUGCAAAUCUUUUGGGUGUUUGUAGCGCGUGUAUGUGUAUGUAUGCUUUUUAGGAGUUUUACUGCAUUGGGAAAACGCUUGAGCUGAAUAAAUGUGUGGAGAAUGUCAAAUUAUUCUGUUUAGACAGCUGCCAUUUACAUUUGGUUUUUAUGCUGAAAGAAUUAUUAAAGGGAUAGUUCAACCAAAAAUGAAAAUUCUCUCAUCAUUUCCUCACCCUCAUGCCAUCCCAGAUGUGUAUGACUUUCUUUCUUCUGCAGAACACAAUACAGAUUUUUAGAAGCACAUCUCAGCUCUGUAGGUCCAAACAAUGCAAGUGAAUGGUGGCCAGAACUUUGAAGCUACAAAACUCACAUAAAAGCAGCAUAAAAGUAAUCCAUAUGACUCCAGUGGUUAAAUCCACGUCUUCAGAUGUGACAAACAGAUCAAUAUUUAAGUCCUUUUUUACUAUCAAUCUCCUCUUACUCUUUCAAAUCCUUCUUUUGUUUUUGGCUAUUCUAAUGAUUUGUGUAUAUCGCCACCUACAGGACAGAAAGGAGUAUUUAUUGUAAAAAAGUACUUGAGAAUUGACCUGUUUCUCACCCACACCUAUCACAUCACUUCUGAAGACAUGGAUUUAACCACUGGAGUCACAUGCAUUACUUUUAUGUUGCCUUUAUAUGCUUUUUGGAGCUUAAACAUUUUUGUACCAAUUGACUUGCAUUGUAUGAACCUACAGAGCUGAAAUAUUCUUCUAAAAAUGUUUGUUUGUGUUCUGCAGAAGAAAGUAAGUCAUACACAUCUGGGGUAGCAUGAGGGUGAGUAAAUAAUGAGAGAAUUUACAUUUUUGGGUGAACUGUCCAUUUAAUUAGAACAAAUGUUUUUAAUAUUGUACCGACCCAAAAUUGUGUUUUAAUGAUGUGUAUCAACAAAUAAUCUGUACACAAUCUUUACUUACUGCUGUGCAGUUAAUAUUGUUAUUUUAUGUCCUAACGAAAUUAUGCCUUUGUAUUAAAACAUGCAAAUCUG